AACGUCAAAUCUGUCAUUGAAAAUUUCAACGACCUACAAGUUGGAGAAGGUCGAUUUUGCUAUUCCUGAUAUUUCCGUCCCGAUCACCUGGACGGGUUAGUUUUAGUGAUUUAUUAAACAAAAAUGUUGCGAACGAUCGCUGUACGAAACCAGGUCAUAAACAAUGGCUUGAAGAAAGUUUUACGGACCAAUGUCACGAGAUGCAUGACCACCGAGUUGUGCAGGAAUAAACACCAGAACAAAAUCCUUUCUCCAUCAGUAUGUAAGAAAUCUCUGGCGGCUCCAGAAUGGAGUGUGCAGCUGCGGCACUACUCGAGCCUGCCGUCGCAUCAGAGAGUGAACCUUCCUGCACUCUCCCCGACCAUGGAGAGCGGCUCCAUCGUCAACUGGGCCAAGAAAGAGGGGGACAAGCUUAGCGAAGGUGAUCUGCUCUGCGAGAUUGAGACAGACAAGGCCACCAUGGGCUUCGAGACUCCGGAGGAGGGCUACCUGGCCAAGAUCCUCAUCCCGGCUGGCACCAAGGGAGUCCCUGUCGGCAAGCUGCUCUGCAUCAUUGUGGAGGACCAGGCUGAUGUGGCCGCUUUCAAAGACUUCAAGGAUGAUGGAGCCCCGCCGCCGCCACGAAGCAAGCCCGCUGAUGCACCAGCUGCGGCCGCGCCGGCCCCCGCGGCCCCAGCUGCCGCCCCCGCGCCCGCCGCCGCCCCCCCGCGCCCCGCGGCUGGCGCCCCUGCCCCCGCCGCCGCCGCCGCCCCCGCCGGGGGCCGGGUGCUGGCGAGCCCCAUGGCUAAGAGACUCGCUGAGCUCAAGAAUUUAAGGCUUGGUGGCACGGGCACCGGUCUGUACGGUUCAAUAAAGAGUGGCGACCUCGCAGGCGCCGCCUCGGCCUCCGCCGCCGCCCCCGCGCCCCCCGCGCCCGCCCCCGGCGCCACCUUCGUCGACAUCCCCCUGUCUGGCAUGAGGGAGACCAUAGCCAAGCGACUGUCGGCCGCCAAGCAGACCAUUCCUCACUAUCAGCUGUCGGUUACGGUUAAUGUUGAGAAGACCUUGGCUAUGAGGAAAAGGGUCAAUGAGAAGCUGGGCAAGAGCGAUGUUAAGGUGUCAGUGAACGACUUCAUAGUGAAAGCGAUCGCGUCAGCGUGCAAGCGGGUGCCCACCGUCAACUCUCACUGGAUGGAUACCUACAUUAGGCAAUUCUCCAACGUGGACGUGAGCGUAGCAGUGGCGACCCCUAGCGGGCUCAUCACGCCGAUCGUGUUCAACGCGGACUCGCGCGGCGUCGUCGACAUCUCCAAGACGGUGAAGGAGCUCGCCCAGAGAGCCAAGGACGGGAAGCUGCAGCCACAGGAGUACCAGGGGGGCACGGUCACCGUGUCGAAUCUUGGCAUGUAUGGCAUCACGAUGUUCAAUGCCAUCAUCAACCCGCCUCAGUCGCUGAUCCUGGCCUGUGGAGGUCUGCAGGAGCAAAUUAUCGCCGACGAAAGUGCACCUAACGGAUUCAGAAAAGCGCAGUUCAUAACAUUCACGGCAUCGGCGGACCACCGAGUGAUCGACGGCGCCGUGGGCGCGCAGUGGAUGGCGGCCUUCAGAGACAACCUAGAGGACCCCGCCAACAUCAUCCUCUGAAUAAGGACUCGCGCCUCAUCGCAAUUUGUAUAACUGGAGGGCUAAUUUACGUACAAAUGUUUGUAAGGACCGAUUUCCGAACGGUUCAGUCUCGUUUUAUGAAAGUGUUUUUUUUUUGUAAGCCUAUUGAGAUGUUGAAUCGUUUUAAUAUUGUCUUCGUUUCUAGAAUGCAUUUCAACAGUACACUGCCGCCGGCCAAUUAACAAAUUGUUAUGAGAAUUUAUCAUGAGUAAAACACUUGUGUCCUUCAUUAGCAUGGAACGGAAAUUAGUGUUUUUUAAAUAUAAUUUUUAGAUGUGAUAUUUGCAAUUUAUAUGUAUUUACUGAAUGCGGUAUUCAGUGUGACUUGUGAGAGCUUUGUCUGUAUUUUGUACAUUUAACGUAACAAUCAUGGGGUAUGAAAACGAAAUGUUAAUUUCCGUAGUUAAUUGAAGGACAUUUGCUUGUUAUUAUUGAUACAUCAUUAUUUAUUUAGUGUAAAUGUUAUAUUAUAAACUUCCGAGGAGACUAGCAUAUUUUGAAAUUGAUUCAAAUGUCCGGAGAUUAAAAAGUAUGCGUUUUUUGGUUGUAAAAACGCAUGUUUUUUUUUGUAUAUUUGUAUAGUUUUAGUAGACGAAUAUUAAAGUUAUGUAAAUUGGAUUAGAGAUCUAUCAUUUUGUGAUCCGAUACUUCGUUUAUUUCCGUUUCCGUGGUCGGAGUUAGUCAUGUUGAAUGCCGCUGUUAAAUGUUUAUGGACGCCAGUGAAAUGAAUAUAUUUUAAUUAUUUAUUACA